AUGGGCAAGGGACCUGGUAUUUACAGUGACAUUGGCAAGAAAGCAAGAGAUCUUUUGUACAAGGAUUAUCAAAGUGGCCUCAAGUUGUCAAUUGCUACUCACUCGAUUAAUGGAUCUAUGUUGGAAACCAUUACUGGUGAUGAAGCUGCUCCCUGUUUGAUGAUGAUAAGCUACAGAAUUCCAGACAUAAGAUCAACUGUUAAGCUUGGAGUCCAAUGCUUGCAUGACUAUGCUGGGUUCAACACUAGUGUCGGGUUGACUGCAGACCCGAUUGCUAACUUCUCCGGGGUGAUUGGAAAUAGUGUUGCUGCACUUGGGACUGAUGUCUCCAUUGACACCAAAACUGGGAAUUUCUUGAAGUAUAACGCUGGGCUUAGCUUGACUGAUGCUGAUCUAAUUGCUUCCUUGGCUGUGAAUGAAAAGGCGAACCAGUUGAAGACAUCUUACUAUCAUCUGUUGAGCCCUUUGACAAACUCAGCGGUUGGUGCGGAGUUAACUCACAACUUCUCAACCAAAGAGAACACAAUCACUGUUGGGACACAGCAUUCACUAGGUCCUCUGACCACAAUUAAGGCAGGGGCAGAUAAUGCUGGGAAGAUUCAUGCUCUUAUCCAGCAUGAGUGGCAUCCCAAGUGCGGAUUCACAAUAUCCGGUGAAGUGGACACCAAGGCCGUGGACAAGACUGUGAAGAUUGGGUUGGCAGUGGCUCUGAAACUAUAA